AUGGCGUCCGAGCUUGCGGAUCAAACCUUUUGGCCCCCAAUCGCCAGCAUCUUUGACUUUACUCUCAAGUUUGAGGAGUCCAUCUUUACCAUUGCGCCGUCGGGAAUAGCAAUCGUUUUCAUUGCGUGUAUAACGUUGUACUACUUGCGCAAGCCUACCGUCGUUCGCAAUGGCCGUUUGCUCUGGCUCAAGCUUGCAUCCGCAUGUAUUCUUGUCGCAAUUGAGAUAGCAAGCUUGGCUGUACGGAGCCCAAGAUCCGAAUACCGCACCUCUGCAUCCAUCCCGGCCGCGUCGCUCGACAUGGUGGCCUCGCUCGCCUUGACGUUGCUCUUGUUCGUAGAGCACGGCCGAGCGCUGCGGGAAUCGGCCUUCCUUGGCCUAUAUUUGAGCGUCACUUUCUUGCUAGAGAUUGCCAAGUGCCGCUCGUACUUCCUCCGCUCCGGCCUUGACGCUCUCGGCGGCCUCGCCGCCGCCGCGGCGACGCUCCGACUCACCAUUGCCGUUCUAGGAGAGGUUCCACGGACCAGUCUCAUCAUCGAAGACGACUUGCGCGAGCUCACCGGCAAAGAAGCCUCAGCCGGCUUCUGGACGCGAUCGCUCUUUUUCUGGCUCAACCUCCUCGUGUGGAAGGGCUAUCGCCAGACCAUUUCGAUUGACGACAUCACCGAGAUUGGCGUCGAGUUUUCUUCCCGCGCUCUCUUCGAAUGCUUCCACCCGCGAUGGCGGGCGGCGUGGGAGGACAAGCCCGGGACCUUGCGCCUCGCGAGAGCCCUACUCAGCCAGAUGUGGACAUACCUGCUCUACUGCUUCGUCGCGCGCCUGGCCUUUACGGGAUGCUCCUUUUCCCUGCCUUUCCUGCUGCUGCGCAUGACCGACGUGAUCAGCGCCGGCGUCGGUCGAGAGCACUCACAGCAGCAACACGUUCAGGACUCGCUCAUUGGGGCCACGGUGCUCGCGCUGACCGGCAUUGGGCUCAGCCGGGGCGCCUUUCAGCAGCUGAACAACCGGCUGACGACGCGGGUGCGAGGCGUCCUCGUGGCCGAGAUGCUGGACAAGUGCCAUCGGAUCUCGCAAUCCGAAGCCAAGAAGUCGGCGGCGAUGACGCUGAUGAGCACCGACAUGGAGAGCAUCGCGACGGGGAUCGGUGCGCUGUACAGCAUCCCCAUCGCCAUCAUCGAGGUCGGCAUGUCUACCUACUUCCUCUCCUUCUUCGUGGGCCAGGCCUGCUUUGUCGUCCUCUUCCCCCUGGCCUUCUCGACGCUGUUUGGCCUCUAUCUCGGUUCCAAGUCUGGCUCUGCGUUGGCGACGUGGAACGGAAAGGUGGAAUUCCGCAUGGCCGAGACCUCCAAGAUCCUUUCUCAGCUGCGUGUCAUAAAGAUGCUCGGGCUUGGUCCGACGGCGACUGCAUACCUGCAGCGCCUUCGCCGGAUCGACAUCGACUACUCCAAGAGGUACCGUAUCUUUACUGCAAUUCUCAUGGGUGCCGCCAUCCUCACGGCACUGCUUCCACAGCUGUUGAUUGUUGCCGUCGGCCUGUUCUGGACCUCUUUCGGGGGAAGCGCGCCGUACCAAGCGCUCCCGGCUGAGAGAAUCUUCCCGUGCCUUUCCAUCGUCGCGUUGAGCCAAAAUCCAUUAUCGGACCUCUUGAAGGCCUACGCCAACCUCUCGCAGCUGUUCGCAUGCCUCGGUCGCGUUCAGGGAUACCUCUGCCUACCGGAAAGCGAGGAUCCCCGAGCCACAGACCAAGCAUCGCCAGAGUCUGAUCAAAUUUCGCCCGCCCAGGAAAAGGCUGCGGACAUCCAAGAGUACGCCAUUCGGCUGUCUGCUGCUUCCAUCGCUCCAGACGGCGCUGAAGAGCCCGUGCUGCGCAAAGCCGGUUUUGCAAUCCCGAAAUCCAGCAUCACCGUGACAAUUGGCACAAGCGGCUCCGGAAAGUCUACUCUGCUACAGAGCUUCCUAGGCGAGGUGAAACUUUUUGGCGGCUCCAUUUCUGUUGAAGAAAAGGUCAUUGGCUUUGCAGAUCAGACGCCAUGGAUACAGAACACGUCAAUCCGCGACAACAUCAUUGGUAAUUUGCCAUUUAACCGCGAGCGCUACGAUAGAGUUAUCCAGGCCUGCAUGCUUGAAGAAGAUUUUCGGCACCUCCCAGGUGGCGAUGGCUACAUGGCAGGGACAAAUGGCAUGAGCUUGAGCGGCGGGCAGAGACACAGAAUUGCGGCAGCACGAGCAGCAUAUUGUGAAGCGAAGCUUGUCAUUCUCGAUGACAUUUUCAGUGCCUUGGACAGAAAAACGGCCGUCGCUGUGCUGUUCCACCUCUGUGGAAAGGACGGCCUGUUUCGAAAGGCUGGUACAACUGUAGUGCUCUCGACAUAUCUCCCAGAAUGCCUCGACAUUGCCGACCACGUCCUCCUCCUCGAUGGCGACGGCGGCGUCACCUUGGAAACCAAUUCUCACAGCGCUUCUCUCCACUCACGAAUCGAGGAGCUAAGCUCGCAGAUGACCAGCGAGGACGAAAAGGCCGAGUCUGACUUUCAGCCGGUGAAGCCGAAGAAGGAAAUGAGUGACGCGGAGCUGGAGCUCCUCAAUUCGCGGCGGAGGCAAGAUAUGAGUCUUUACGCGCUCUUUAUCAACUCCAUUGGGAAGUGGAUGUUUUGGCCGUGGAUUCUCGUUGUGAUUUGUGUAUCAUUGGGGGAGAGUAUGACUGGUGUAUACAUGCGCGUGUGGGUGACGAAUGCGCCGAGUAACGCUCUGUAUUACAUUGGCUACGUCGGAAUUGCUGUCGGCGGUACAUUUGCCUCCUUUUGGAGCUUUGUAAUCCUCUACCGUACCCUUGCUCCGCGCUCAGCGGCAGGCUUGCACGAGAAGCUGGCCGAUACGGUGAUGCGCUCCAAAAUUUCGUACUUUGCCUCUGCCGACUCUGGGUUCAUCCUGAAUCGCUUCAGUCAGGACAUGAAUCUCGUCAGCCAAGUCUUGCCCUCUUCCUUCUUCACGUUUGUAUACAUGCUGUUCCAUAUUCUAAUCAUGUUUGGCAUCAUCCUUGCCGGCGCCACGUACUCAACGGCGAUCCUCCCCUUCAUGUUCAUAUUUAUAUGGUUCUUGCAAUAUUUUUACCUGCGGACAUCUCGCCAGAUGCGUCACCUCGAUCUUGAACAUAAGACGCCGCUCUACACGCACUUUGGGGAGACGGCCAGCGGACUCCGACACAUCCGCGCGUUUGGGCGAGAGUCUGACAAUUUCGAGAGAAGCUUACAAUUCCUAAACGUGUCGCAGAAGCCAUACUAUGCGAUGAGCGCCAUUCAGCGCUGGUUGAGCUUCUACUUGGACCUGUUAGCCUGCGCGAUCGGCACGACUGUCACCGCAUUUGCGCUCAAGUUCAGUCACACAACCUCAGCACCGGCCAUUGGGCUUUCAUUUCUGAAUCUUGUCUGGUUUGGCUUGGCUCUUGGAUUCUUCAUCCAAGCCUGGGUUGGCCUUGAGACGUCCGUCGGAGCGCUGUCUCGCCUGCGUGAGUUCUUGGACCACACGCCCGUGGAGCCCCGAGUCCCAACCAGACAUCUGCCGCCAAAUUGGCCGGAGCAUGGCAGGUUAGAGUUGAAUAACGUGACGGCGGCUUACAGCAAUGAGGCGCCCCCGGUGCUCAAGGAUGUGUCUCUGGUCGUCGUUCCAGGGACAAAAGUCGGAAUCACUGGCAGGACAGGAAGCGGGAAAAGCUCCUUGUUUCUUACCCUGCUUGGGUUCUUAGAGUACAGCGGCACAGUUCAGAUUGACGGCGUCGACAUCUCGACCAUUCCCGUGGAUGAGCUGCGUGCCCGCAUCACCACCGUCUCGCAGGAGAACCUGGAUUUCGGGGGGUCCGUCCGCAGCAGCCUCGUUCCCUUCGAUCUCGGUCGAUCCGACGCCAAGGGGAAGGAAGAUGCCGAGAUCCAGACGGUGCUGGAGCGGCUCGGCAUUUGGGAGGCGAUCGCGAAGCAGGGCGGCCUAGAGGAGGCGACGGACAAGGUCAGGCUGUCGCACGGCCAGCUGCAGCUGUUCUCCAUCGCGCGGGCGAUCCUCCGACAGCGGAGGAUCAAGGGGAGGCUGGUUCUCAUGGACGAGGCGACGAGCCACGUGGACGUGAAGUCGGACGCCAACGCGCAGGGGUUCUUCAAGGAGGCGUUUGCUGGGUGUACGAUUUUGAUGAUUGCGCAUCGACUGGAGACGAUUGAGGAUGCGGAUGUCUUUGUUGACUUGUCGCAUGGUGUUGUGGAGGUGGUGGAGAACUCUGUUACUGGAGCUCACCUACUCGACUUGGCUAUCGCUCGUGCCGCGAUGACGACGCCCAGUGGAUUGUUUCUUUUAGCGUCGCACGCUACUCGGUACCGGAACAUCUACAUUCUGCGAGCCUCGCAAACGGCGGCUGGCCACACCGGCCGAAACCACCGCAAGGGCCUCGCCCUUUCCUUCCCCGACAUCAACGCCAUGGUCCUCUUCCUCAAUCACCUCCGGCAGGCCGCCGCCCUUCUUCUCCUCGCCACCUCCUCGCCCUCCCCCGCCGCCGCCAUGCCGCCUCCGGCUCCUCCUCCUCCCCGUCCCACCACCGCCCUCCCCGCCUCCGAGCUCGCCGCCGCCGCCGCGCCCCCCGCGCCCAAAUACUUCCACGAGCCCGGCGGCUCCCUCGCACGCAUGCACUACGACGUGCGCUUCUUCCCCUCCUCCGGGGAAGUCCCCUACGCCGAGCGCCCCUCCGUCCUGCGCGACCUUAUCCGCGCCUACCUCGAGACCACGCGCGCCGCCGGCGUCGAGACCUGGCUCGCCCACGGCACGCUGCUCGGCUGGUGGUGGGGGGCGCGCGUCAUGCCCUGGGACUACGACCUGGACGUGCAGGUCACCGACGCGACCAUGGCCUGGCUGGCCGCCAACCUCAACGGCACCCGGCACGACGUCACCUUUGACAAGGAAGGGACGACGCGGUCGUAUCAUCUCGACAUAAAUCCGCACUGGGAGGAGCGAAGGUCGCGCGGCGGCUCGAACAUCAUUGACGGGAGGUGGAUCGACGUGGACAAUGGCAUGUUUGUGGACAUAACGGUGAUCAGGGAGCGCGCGGCGGAGAGGCAGCCCGGAGUGUGGAGCUGUAAGAAUGAUCACAGGUACUACGCGCAGGACAUCUGGCCGCUGCGCGAGACGGAGUUUGAGGGCGUCAAGGCGAGGAUCCCGCACAGCUUCGAGAAGAUAAUCGGCGACGAGUACUCCCGCAGCUCCAUGAUCAAGGAGUCGCAUCAAUAUCACCGGUGGGAUCAUGAUUUGAAGCAAUGGGUCAUGGACGACGCUGAGCAGCGCGGCCACGCAAAGGCUGCGGCGGCAUCGUACAAGAAGCAGCAGCUUGAGUUUCGCGGCCGCCUUUGA